GGAUUCACGGAUCCAUCCUCCAAAGUCCAGCCCUACUACACCAAAGGGGGGUGACUACCUAGUACCUGAACAACACACGUCCCUCUCACCAGCAGUGUGUACAAACCCAAAAGGAAAACUGGUCAUUCAAAAGUGCUUGCUAGAUAAACAUUUCGAGGAACUUCUUAUCUUCAAAUUCCAUCUUCUUCUCUUCUGGCUUGCUCUUACUCCCAUUUCAUUCUCGUGAGACGACGAUCGGUUAUUGAGGAUUUCAAACUAACAUCAUUCAACAUGGACCACCACUUGCAAGUUACGGAUUCCCGCACAGGGAAGUCUUACACAAUUCCCAUCUCAGGAGACUAUAUACGCGCUUCAGAUGUUGGCCGUAUUGGUAUUCCAGAGGGGAAAACGGAUACAACUGCUUCCAAGGCUGCCAAACCUCUCCGAAUUAUCGACAAUGGCUUCCAAUACACUGCGUGUAUGGAAUCUAGCAUUACACACAUUGAUGGCGUGCGCGGCACUAUUCGAUAUCGAGAUUUCCCCAUCGAAAGCUUAUUCCAUCAAUACGUUUACGAAGAUGUCAUGCAUCUCGUCAUCUGGGGCAGUCUUCCCACUCAGGAGGAGAAGGACCACGUCCGAGAGACGAUGUGCAAAGCUAUGGUGCCAUCUCAGAGCGUGAAGGACGUAAUAUCCGCGUUCCCGCGUGACGCAGAAACAUUCCCCAUGAUUCUGGCUGGGAUGAGUGCCUUCGCAGCCAGCGACAGCGUAAUCUGCAAAACGCGCCACCAACAAAGCGCCAUGUUCCACGGCCGUCUCGACGUCGCCGACGAAGCCCUCGUGCGGACAAUCGCGUACCUCGCAUCCACCAUCUCUCUGAUCUACUGCCACAAGAACGAAAAGCAAUGGAACUCGCCCGAGCCAAGCCGGUCGUUGCUCGGGAAUCUGCUAUUGAUGAUGGGCAUCACCAACCCCGAGGUAGAGCGGUGUCUCGCGAAGCUGUGGAUCCUGUACGCCGACCACGAGAUGACCAACUCCACCGCCGCCGUGCUGCACGCCGGGUCCACACUCAUCGACCCGGUAUCCGCCGUGACGGCGGGCAUCAUCUGCGGGUACGGCCCGCUGCACGGCGGCGCGAUCGACCUAGCGUAUGAGGCGUUCCGGCAAAUCGGCACGGCGGAGCGCGUGCCGCCGUUCAUCGAGCGGAUCAAGGCCAAGGGCGGGCGGCUGUUCGGGUACGGCCACCGCGUGUACAAGACGCGGGACCCACGCGUGGCGCUCAUCGAGGAGCUGCUGGAGGGCCACCGCGACGCCGUCGAGGCGAACCCCCUCCUGCGCGUCGCCAUGGCCAUCGACAGGUACGCGAACCAGGAUGCGUACUUUGUCGAGCGAGGCUUGAAGGCUAAUGCCGACCUCAUGGGUUGCUUCCUCUACACGGCUAUGGGCUUCGAUACUGAUAUGAUCAUUGCCAUUACCAUCCUCUCGAGGACACCCGGUGCGCUGGCCCACUGGCGCGAGAGUUUAACACAACCCGUGAAGCUGUGGCGACCUCAGCAGAAAUACGUGUCGCCGCUUGCAAAUUGAACUGGACGGGGAAAUAUUCUGCGAUGAUUGGAAUUCCAAAUCGUAUUAAUCCAAUUGGGAAUUCAUACAGUAACUAUUUUCUUAUCACGG